AUGAGGGAGCCGGCGAACGACAACAAUGCGCCGUCGCAGUCUCUGCUCGAGAGGCUCAAGGAUUACGGCCAAGAAGACGCUUUUGCCCUCUGGGAGGAGCUAUCCCCUGAUGAACGAGACCUCCUCGUCAAGGACAUCGAGAGCUUAGAUCUCUCAAGAAUUGAUCGGAUAAUUCGAUGCUCAUUUCACUCGCAAGGUUUACCGGCAGCAUCGAUAGAGCCUGUCCCAGAGAGCAGUGUUUCAACAGUAGAAAAGCGGACGAUGGAAGAAAGGGAAAGGUGGUGGAAAAUGGGAAUAAAGGCCAUCUCAGAAGGAAAGUUGGGUGUCAUACUUUUAUCCGGUGGACAGGGAACUCGUCUUGGGAGUGCAGACCCUAAAGGCUGUUUUAACAUAGGGCUUCCAUCUGGAAAAUCACUUUUCCAACUUCAAGCUGAGCGAAUUCUGUGCCUUCAACGAUUGGCAGCUCAAUCUGUGAACGAGACUUCUUCUGGUACCACACCUAUUCAUUGGUACAUAAUGACUAGUCCAUUUACUGAUGAACCCACACGAAAAUACUUCGAAAGCCACAAAUAUUUUGGCCUUGAAGCAGAUCAAGUCACCUUUUUCCAACAGGGCACUAUACCUUGUGUGUCAAGAGAUGGUAGAUUUAUAAUGGAAACUCCAUACAGGGUGGCAAAGUCUCCUGAUGGAAAUGGUGGAGUUUACUCAGCAUUGAAAACAUCAAGGUUAUUGGAAGAUAUGGCUAUGAGAGGCAUAAAAUACUUGGACUGCUAUGGAGUUGACAAUGCUUUAGUACGAGUUGGCGAUCCAACUUUUCUCGGUUAUUUCAUUGAUAAGGGCGUGGCGGCAGCUGCUAAAGUUGUCCGAAAGGGAUACCCACAAGAGAAAGUUGGUGUUUUUGUUCAACGAGGUAAAGGUGGACCGAUCUCUGUGGUUGAGUACAGUGAAUUGGACACAUCACUAGCAAGUGCAAUCAAUCAGACAACUGGCCGACUUCGCUUUUGUUGGAGUAAUGUUUGCCUGCACAUGUUCACUUUAGAUUUUCUGAACCAAGUAGCAAAUGGCCUUGAGAAAGACAGCAUUUACCAUCUUGCAGAAAAGAAUAUUCCUUCAAUCCAUGGACACACUGUAGGAUUCAAAUUAGAGCAAUUCAUAUUCGAUGCAUUUCCUUAUGCGCCUUCCACUGCACUCUAUGAGGUUUUGCGCGAAGAAGAAUUCGCACCCGUGAAAAAUGCAAACGGAUCAAAUUUCGACACUCCAGACAGCGCUCGUCUGCUUGUCCUCCGCUUGCAUGCUCGUUGGGUGGUUGCUGCCGGAGGCUUCUUGACUCACUCUGUGCCUCUAUAUGCUACCGGUGUGGAAGUUUCGCCUCUUUGCUCGUAUUCUGGAGAGAACUUGGAGGCCAUCUGCCGUGGACGAACAUUUCAUGCUCCCUGUGAAAUUGCGUUUUAG